GCGCUGCUGAGCUAAUCGAGUGCCUGAGCGUUGGUCAAAGCAGCCAAUGGGAGAGGCGGGGGCGAUUUAAGAGCUGGCAGCGGGAGGGCGGUGCCUUAGGGCUCGUGCCGUUGCUGGAGAGUGGUCUCACCAGCCUGAAGAUGACAACUCUCAUCUUCUUAGAUAAGGAGAAUGGUGAAGUUGGUGCUGCUAAGAAUCAAUUAAGACACCCUUCAGGAUCAUCAAAAGUCUUAUCUGAAAGAACUCAAGUCACUACACCGCUUCCUAAAAAAGCAAUUAAAGCAUCUCCAGCCACAUCACACUCUGUCAGAAAGGCUCUUGGAGACGUGAAUAGGACUGUAGGAGUCACAAACAAGAAAGAGCAGAUGAGACAGGAAAAUCAGCCUUGCACUGCAAAGAAAGUUGCUGAAAAGGCUGCUGGAUUAGAGAGCCAGGAUGUGAUACUUGAAGAACCCUUCCUUGAAAUAGAAAACAUGUUUUGCUAUGAUCCUGGAGACUUUGAGAAUUUUGAUCUUCCUGAAGAGGACAGAGUAAGCGAUAUCAACCUGUGUGGUGCUCCUCUCAAGAUAUUUACAAGCACUGCUGAAAAACCACUGAACAUGUGUCUUUCACCUGUGAAGACUGAAGAGCUGUCAUGGGAGUCUAACUUUCUACAAUCAACUGCUGACUUCAUUUCUACACUGGAUGAGAUCAUUGAUAUGCAUCUAUGAAACUAUGAGCUUCAAAAGCAUAUUCCAAAGUUUCUGUUGAGUGCUAUACUUUAAUUAAACUUUUAAUAAAGGUUGGUUUAAUGUGUGUAA